CCCAAAAGGCUGGAUAUAAAACAGGCUUUGGGUAAUUGAAAGUGAAAGUAAACCAGUUCCGAGGAAACAGUUCACUAGUGAAGAGACACAGACGAGCUGCUGUUUUUAAUCCUUUAAACCUUUAGCUUAAACGUUUAGAUAAAAUGGAUGAAUUCCAACAUCCAUUGUUCUUUGAAGCUACGGAUCUAACAGACAGAGACAAAGACAGGAUCAGGAGAUACUUUAUGGCAAAUUGGGAAUCUGGGGGAGGUGAGUGUGGAAUGAUAGAAAUGACAGAAGACAACACCUGUAAAAUCUGUUUCAAGAAAAUAGAAGUGCAGGAAAAUGUUUUGAGGAGAACAAUUCACACCAUUUCACUGCCAAGUGGUGAUUUACAGCUGACUGUGAGUCGAACCAGUUCACCACAGACCCCUAACUGGCGGACGGCAGAGAUAAUCUCCAAAACAAACAUUAACAACCUUAGGAUGAUUUUCAAGAUAGACAUUUAUUUAAUGUAUUACCUGAGGGACAACCCUAAAGCUUAUAAACCAUUAGAGAAACAACUGUCUGCUAUCGGCUGCUCAGUGGAGCUGGAUUUUAACCAGGAGGAGGCAGUGGUGAGAGGGGACAUAGAAAAAGGACCUGGAAGAGGUUUUGGUGCUGCAGAGAAAUGGGAGAUACAGGUGGACCGGGUCUUCUCUGGUAAUUCUAACAACUACAUUCGCCAUAAUGUGUUGGACCCAAAGCAGAUCAGAGUUCUGGAACAGGACCCAUCCUUUAACUCUGAUAAUAUCAGAGUGUAUAGAGAGACUGGCUGCUAUAUAAUUGUGGGAGAUGCUGGGGCUGUAAAAGACAUGGUUGCUAAUCUGGAAAAGAGAGUGCCAAUCCAGAAGAACAUCCCAGUUGUGAAGAAGAAGUUUGAAAUGGUAAAAGAAGAGUUUGUGAAAGUAAUUCAUGCAACUUAUCCAGAAGUUAAAAUCUUAAUAGUUAACAGCAUGAUCAUCUUGGAAGGACUGAGCAAAGAGGUCCAAUCAGGAGCUACACAACUUGAUGAACUAAUGAAGCAAGUAAAGGAAAAGAGACUUAACCUUCCUACAGAAUUACUGACCUUCAUAAGGUCCAGUGGUGUCAUCUCUAAGAUCCAGGCUCGGUUCCUACAGUGCCUCAUGAGUUCUGUUUCCCUAGAAGUGGUUUCAGAUCUGGUCCUGUUCAGUUUGUCCUCAGAUGCACUGGAUGAAGCUGAAGCUGCAAUAAUAAGAGACCUGAUAGUGGACACUGUGGAGCUUCAGGGAGCUGCAGCUGUUCCUCCAGAUGUGGACAGAGUAAAAGAAAUCCUCACCAAAGCCAAGAACCGAGCAAACUGUAGAGAGUUAAGAGUGGAGUCCAUCUUCAGCCCAGGAACGAGUAGAACAGCUGUGACUAAAGUCCAACUUAUAGGAUACAGGGAGAAUGUGAACAAGCUGAAAGAGAUUCUACAUGACUACCAGAUGAACCAUGUUAGGACACAAGAAAUGAUGGAUCUAUCUCCAGAUCUGGUCGACUGUUUUGAUAAAGUCUUAGGUCUCUUAGAGGUGAAACAGACAGAGGUGACAUUAAAAGCCUCAAAAACUCCACAUGCUCAUGUGCUUGUGUCUGGUCCCCAUUGUCGGGUACAGGAAGCUCAGAGAAACCUAAGAACCUCUCUAGCCAGUCUGAAAUCUGAUACAUUGGUUCUGGAUGGAUCAGGAGCUCAGCGGUUCUUCCAGGCAGAAGGUAGAACAAACAUGGAGCUGGUGGAGACUGCCUGUAAGGUCAUUAUCAGGGAGGGGAAAUGUGUCCUCUCACCAAACGUGACAAGAAGACCACGAAGCACCAGCAGCUCCAGGACCAUCAGUUGUAGAAGCUUACAAAUGCCCAGAACAAAGGUGGAGAUCAAGCUCGGCAGUUUAGAAGAUCAGAAGGUGAAUGUGUUGGUGGUUCCUAUGCUCAACAAGAAUCUGACCUCUACCAAAAUUGGCAAAUGUUUGUGUAGCAAAGCCGGGGAUAUGAUCAAAUUCGACUUUAUCCUGGCAGCAGCAUAUCACACGCUACAGCCUGGAGACGUCAUGCAGGUUGAUGCUCCUCCAUCUCUGGGCUGCUCCAAGAUCUUCUUCAUUGAGUGUCUGCCGUGGGAUGGAGUCAGAGGACAGAGUGAACAGGCUCUUGCUAGUGGAUUGAAGAGGUGUCUGGACCUCUGUGUGCAGCAGGGCUGCAGUUCAGUUGCUGUUCCUGUCAUUGGACCUGGACUGGUUCUAAAGUACCCACUGAGAGAAGCUGUUGAGGUCUUGACUGAGACCAUUCGACAGUUUCAGUUAUCUGCAUCCUCUGGGUCUCUGUCCACCAUCCAUGUUGUCAUUAAACCUGGCUAUGCUAAUGCAGAAGAGUGCUACAACGAUGUCGAUAAUCUCCUCGGUUUAAACAUGACUCAGAGAGGCCAAGAUCUCAGCGUCCUCUUCACCAGCUCAACAAACCAACAGUCUGUCUUCCACUUCCUGGGUUUCACCACACAGAAUGUGGACACUGCUAUGACAAAGCUGAAGGAUCUCUAUCAGGCUCAGUGCUCCAGACAAACCCUCACCCAGGAGCAACUGGAAGGCCUCACCCAAGAUGACAUUGAAGACCUAAAGCAACUGGUAGAAACCCAGGGUCUGUACAUGCAGAGAGACCAGUCUGGACAGGGCAUCCUGACAGUGAGCGGGUCGAAUGAUGGAGUCAGCCAGGUGAUGCAGAUGGUAAAUGGGUUUCAGAAGAACUCCCUCAUCAGAGAAAUUAGAAUCAGAGAUGAGGAUGAGUUGUACCCUCGUGUUGCUUGGUGCAUCCUGGGACAUAAUGGAAAUUGGGAGAGACUCCCCAAAACAGCCAAUUAUGACCUGGAAAACAAUGAUGCAUCAGGUGAGAUAAUGGACGCACGAGGCAACUCAUGGAGCGUGAAUCUGCAGGUAUUGGAGGCCACAAGACGACAAACUGGACAAAAGACAAAUCUGAAAAGACUUGAGAAUUGUCCAGACUUCAUUCUGCCUCUGUACUGGGACAACAUGAGGACUACUGAGACCAUGAAGGUGGUUGUUCUACAUCCUUUCUCUGCAGAGUAUCAGACAGUGAAGAAGGCCUUUGUACGAACUGUCACCAAGAGUAUAAUAAAGAUUGAGCGUGUGCAGAACUUCCACCAGCGUCGAGCCUAUGAAGCACUAAAGAAGCAAAUGUCUGAUAAGACCAAACUGGAGAAUGGAGGUGAAAAGCUUCUGUACCAUGGGACAAGUCAAGACAAACGCAACUCUAUCAUGAAAACUGGCUUCAACAGGAGCUUUGCUGGACAAAAUGCAACUUCAUAUGGUCAUGGAACCUACUUUGCUGUAGACGCCAGCUACUCAGCCAAUCCCACCUACUCUAAACCAGCUGCUGAUGGUUCUCAGUCAAUGUUUGUGGCUCGAGUCCUGACUGGAACUUACACUGUUGGCCGCAGUAACAUGAAGGUGCCUCCACCUCGUAACAACCAGCAGCCAGACGACCGCUACGACAGUUUGGUUGAUAACAUAUACAACCCCAGCAUGUAUGUUGUGUUCCAUGACAGCCAGGCGUACCCAGACUACCUCAUCACCUUUAAAUGAUGCCAAUAGUGUGGCAUUAGGUCCUUCACGCCACUAGGGGUGCGUUUGACCUUUUCAGGUUCCAGUGGCUUCUUGAUCUGUUGUUUGAGCACGACACCAUUUCCUGUUCUCUCCACAUGGCUAGUUUGUAGUAGUUUUAAGAUCUGCCUUUGGCCUCACUGGUUGUUGUCGAUGUCAAAACAGUUGUGAUUUUUCUUUUGUGGAGGGUUUUGUUCAUGGACGUCCUGUUCUGUGUCCUUUUGUGAGGCUUGUGCUUUGUUUUUGUCAUCCAUGUUUAGACUGUUUUGCCUGUUGUGUGCAGAACAAUUAGUUUAGUGUAUAGUCUAUGUUUAGUUAAUUUAUUAGUUUCCUGCUUCAAAUGCGGUUGUUUAGUUUCUGUCAAAUAAACCUUUUAAAUAGUA